AACAAAAUCCAAACAGGUAUUCGUUGUUAUCUAAAUCUGAUCCAAACUGGGUUUUCUAAAACUUUUCCGUUUUAAGUUUUCGAUUCAUUGAAGAUUUCCAAACUAUCAUUUGAAGAUACCACAAUUAAUUAUAUUUCGUAUCUGUUACUGAAAAUACUACGUAGUAGUAACAUGUAUUUGUAUUAGUUAUGUUUCAUUAACCACAUUCUUAUGUACCAAUUUAUCGGUAAAUCCUAUCCCAUUAGUAAAUUCUAUCCAAUUAGUAAUAAUAGUUAGAUUAGAAUACAUUGUAGGAGAUUGGAUAGGAAUUGAUCAUAUCCGCAAUACCUCUGUAAUCCCUUUAAAUAGCCGCUAAAUGCAUUGUGAUUUGUGAAUAACACACUAAAAACUUUUUCUGCCUGUUUAUUCAUAAAACUUAACUAUGGAUCUCGAUCUUUCCCCGAAGUUGGCAAAAAAGGUGUACGGAGGAGAUGGCGGUGCUUACUACGCCUGGUCCCCGGAGGAGCUUCCAAUGCUCCACCAAGGCAACAUCGGCGCCGCCAAGCUUGCUCUUGAGCAGAACGGCUUUGCUCUUCCUCGCUACUCUGAUUCCGCCAAGGUUGCCUAUGUUCUUCAAGGUACAAAUCUACUCUGAUUAUGAGCUGUUUAUGCUUGCCGAGUAUGAUUAUUUGGUAGAAUAUAGGUUUUCAUAUUUGAUCGUUGAUUUUCGGAUGACAUAAUUUGGUAUGAUCGUUGAUUUUUGAGUACUUAAUUUGGUAUGAUCGUUGAUUCGAAUUGCCAAGUAUCUCACCUAUUUGCGAUUUGUUACCCCGUAAAUUGAAAUUCUGGAUAAAAUCAACCACUUGUAUGAAUCAUCAGCAGAUUUUUUUAUAAUUAUAGAAUAUGCAAUGCUAGAUUCAAUACUAGUUUUGUAAUAAUGUAAUGCUCAAAUCGGUGAAAUUUGUUCUAAAUUUACGCUUGACAGAUGAUAUUGAUUAGUUUAUACUUCAUAGAUGCUUGACAGAUGAUAUUGAUUAGUUUAUACUUCAUAGAUUUUCAUCUGAUGGUGAUGAUCGAAUGCACUGUUCAGGUUAUGGAGUUGCUGGAAUUGUCCUUCCUGAGAAGGAAGAGAAGGUUAUCUCCAUCAAGAAGGGAGACGCCAUUGCCCUUCCCUUUGGUGUAGUCACCUGGUGGUACAACAAGAUGGACACAGAGCUUGUAGUUCUCUUCCUUGGAGACACCAAAACGGCCCAUAAGCCCGGUUCUUUCACCGACUUCUUCUUGACUGGUCCGAACGGCAUCUUCACCGGAUUCUCGACUGAGUUUGUUUCCCGGGCAUGGAAUCUGGAGGAGAGUGUGGUGAAGAAGCUCGUGGGUAGCCAAUCCAGCAAGGGCAUUGUGAAACUCGAACCGGGUUUCAAGAUGCCCGAACCCAACCCAGCCCACAGGGAUGGCAUGGCAUUGAACUGCGAGGAAGCGCCCUUGGAUGUUGACAUUAAGGAUGGUGGCAAAGUUGUGGUGCUGAACACAAAGAACUUGCCUUUGGUUGGAGAGGUUGGGCUUGGAGCUGAUCUGGUGAGGUUGAAUGGGAACGCCAUGUGUUCCCCUGGCUUCUCUUGUGACUCAGCCCUACAGACGCCAUUGCCCUUCCCUUUGGUGUAGUCACCUGGUGGUACAACAAGAUGGACACAGAGCUUGUAGUUCUCUUCCUUGGAGACACCAAAACGGCCCAUAAGCCCGGUUCUUUCACCGACUUCUUCUUGACUGGUCCGAACGGCAUCUUCACCGGAUUCUCGACUGAGUUUGUUUCCCGGGCAUGGAAUCUGGAGGAGAGUGUGGUGAAGAAGCUCGUGGGUAGCCAAUCCAGCAAGGGCAUUGUGAAACUCGAACCGGGUUUCAAGAUGCCCGAACCCAACCCAGCCCACAGGGAUGGCAUGGCAUUGAACUGCGAGGAAGCGCCCUUGGAUGUUGACAUUAAGGAUGGUGGCAAAGUUGUGGUGCUGAACACAAAGAACUUGCCUUUGGUUGGAGAGGUUGGGCUUGGAGCUGAUCUGGUGAGGUUGAAUGGGAACGCCAUGUGUUCCCCUGGCUUCUCUUGUGACUCAGCCCUACAGGUGACUUACAUUGUUAGGGGCAGUGGGCGUGCUCAGGUUGUAGGUGUGGAUGGGAAGCGUGUGCUGGAGACUACAGUCAAAGCAGGCCACUUGUUCAUUGUUCCAAGGUUCUUUGUUGUUUCUAAGAUUUCUGAUCCUGUUGGCUUGGAGUGGUUCUCCAUCAUCUCUACUCCAAACCCUAUUUUCACUCAUUUGGCUGGGAAGACAUCAGUGUGGAAGGCGCUAUCACCUCAAGUGCUUCAGGCUGCUUUCAAUGUUCCGGAAGAUGUGGAGAAGGAGUUCAGGUCGAAGAGGACUGCAGAGGAGAUAUUCUUCCCCCCACCAAACUGAUUGAUUUAAUCACUGAUUUGAUUAUCUUUUUUUGGCUCUAGUUGUGCCAUAGUCGCUUUAGCAAUAAAGAUAUAAAGUUCGUUUAUUGAAUUUCAUCUUUUCUGGUUCUUUCUCGUGUUUGGGUACAUCAAUUGGCAAAUGGAAAUAUGCUUCCUCUAUUCGAUCAAAUUCUUACAGUUGCUUUGAUUUUUCUGUCGUUUUAUGAGUUCCGGCCAAGCAGGGAGUUGCCUAUAUUUUAUUAUCUAACAUGGGCAGUUCUAAAACUUAAAAGAAUGUACAUUUAUGUUUAAGAAAUUUUACUAAAUAGGGGUCAAAAUAAUGUGAAAUAUAUAUGGAGCAAGAAUACUAAUAUACUAUACUUUCAUAAA